AUGUCCACGUUGAAGCAGUUAUUUAAGCUUAAUUUGCGCCACAAUACAGUGAGAACCUGGCCACCCUCCUCAAGACGUCUGUGGCUCCGUGUGGCGGGAGUACAGCGGGACGUUCAACUGAAGUGUCCCGAAAACACGACCCCAGACCCGGUUCUGUCCGUGCCCUGUACCCCGGUGUCCUGUGUCCUGUCCCCCGGUGUCCUGUGUCCUGUCCCCCGGUGUCCUGUGUCCUGUCCCCCGGUGUCCUGUGUCCUGUCCCCCGGUGUCCUGUGUCCUGUCCCCCGGUGUCCUGUGUCCUGUCCCCCGGUGUCCUGUGUCCUGUCCCCCGGUGUCCUGUGGCCUGUCCCCCGGUGUCCUGUGUCCUGUCCCCCGGGCCUGUCCUGUGGCCUGUCCCCCGGUGUCCUGUGGCCUGUCCCCGGUGUCCUGUGUCCUGGGACCCACAGAGACAUGGAGCAGCUGUUCAGUAAGACUUUGACGGUGUCUGUGCGGACUCGGGACUGCGAGGAGAGGAAAAGCAGCAUCCGCAUUACUGUAGACCAGUCCACCACCUCUGCUCACAAAAGGAGUCUGUGUGUCAAACUGACCGAUGACAGUGACCCCUACUUCCUCUUCAACCUGUCCAUCUCAGAGGAGGACUUCCAGAGUCUCAAAGUGCAGCAGGGUCUUCUCGUGGACUUUAGCUCUUUCCCACAGAAGUUCAUCGAGCUGCUGAACCUGUGCCACAGCGAGCAGGAUGCAAACUGUCCCAGGUUCCUGCUGCAGCUGUGCUCUCAGGGCCCCGCUCCUGAGGGCCUCUCCACUCUCAGUGUGGUGGAGACCAAUGCUUUCAAACACUUGAACCACCUGAGUCUGAGGCUGAGCCCGGGCUCCGACAGAGACGUGAAGGAUUACCUGGCCUCCUGCUUGGCCCGCCUCAAGGUGCUCUCUCACACUCUCACACCCACGCUGAGCCCGGGCUCCGACAGAGACGUGAAGAAUUACCUGGCCUCCUGCUUGGCCCGCCUCAAGGAGGACAAGGACGCGCUGGAGCUGAGGCUGAAGAAGACUGAGGACGACCUGAGCAGACAGCUGUCCUGCACUCAGCAAACUCUGUGUGAGAAAAGCAAGGAACUGGACAAACUGCGCUCAGAGUGGGCUGAGCAGAGCAGCUCCCUGUCGAGCCGCUACUCCUCAGAGCUGCAGCGGGAACGAGAGAAGGCCUCAGAGGUACAGAGGCGUCUGCAGGAGCAGACAGAGCAGCUGAGGCAGGAGCUGGAGAGCAGUCACCGCAGCAGCUCUCAGCAGCUGCAGAGUCGUGUGACGGAGCUGGAGGCCUCCUGCAGAGAACUCACAGAGAAGAAGUACAAGAACGAGGCCAGCGUCCGAGACCUGCGCCUGAAGCUGGUGGCAGCGGAGGAGGAGAGCCAGCGGUCCUCGCAGCAGCUGCAGUCUCUGAGGAGAGACUACAGUUCUCUGGACUCUCAGCUCCAUGAGAAGCAGCGUGUCCUCAGUCAGCUGCAGCUCAGAGCCGCUGUGCUGCAGCAGGAGAUCAAGGACAAGGACCUGCUCAUGAGUCGCACUAAAGACGUGCUGGAGGCUACACAACAGCAGAAGGUUUCCAUAGAAGACAAUGUCGAAGGCAAAGAUGUGCAGAUCAAAAAGCUGGAGGCCACAGUGAAGUCUCUGUCUGAGGAGCUUCUCAAGGCGAACAACAUCAUCCAGAAGCUGCAGACGGAGGUCAAAGGUCUGAUGGGGAAGAUCAAAGUGAAGAACACGGUGACGGUUUCUCAAGAAAAAGUCCUUCAUGAAACCAGCGACAAACUGCAGAGUGUGGAGAAGGAUCUGAUGAUGAGUCAGCAGCAGCUCAGCACCAAGGACCAGCAGAUCUGCGUCUUGAAGGAGCAGCUGGAGGGCACAGUGCAGAAGCUGAACGAGAGCAGAGAGGUGCUGAAGACCAAUGAGAACGUGAUCAGUUGGCUGAACAAGCAACUGAACGAGAGGCAAGUGUCCAGAGUGGGGCCCCAGGAACCUGCAGCCUCCUCUGUCACCAAGAGUCCUGUGUAUCCUCUGGGUGCAGUACCACUGCCUCCUGCGGGGGGCGCUCUGUGUGCUGCAGCUGAUCACCGAGGGCUAGACGUUUCGGGGCUGGACUCUAAAUACUUUGAGAGAAUGGACAGUAUCCCCAUCUAUGGCCUGGCCGCCAGCUUCCCCAACAAAGUCGCUCCUCCGGACGGGCCUCAGGAGCCACACUGUCCGGCUCCAUGGGCUUCUGAAGCAGAUGAAGAGCUGAAGGAGGAAGUCAAAGCGGACGGCUCCAACAUGCAGCAGCUAAACCUCUCGUGUAAUGUGGGUUUACUCCGACUCAAGCCAAGGCACAUCUCGGGAUCAGAAAAGGCCGUGCAAAUGUCCAAGAAGUCUGUGUUUAAAUGGGAAGGAGCGCACUUCUGUCUCACAGCCAUGCACGGAGAUCAGAGCCAGCACCAUGCACACCAGUACUGCCUGCUCCUCAGCACCAGCAACCAGGGGCCUUACUACCAACCAGGGUCUCCCAUCAGCCUGGGCCUCAGCGUCACCCAGGGCCUCCCAUCAGCCUGGGCCUCAGCGUCACCCGGGCCUCCCAUCAGCCCCACACCAGGCCUCUCUGAUGUGUCUCAUUUUAAUGUCAACACAAUAUAA